AUGGUGGUGAAGAUUCGUCUUGCGCGCUUUGGGCGCAAGAACUCUCCUUUCUACAAUAUUGUCGUCGCCCAUGCGAGAACGGCACGAAACAGCAAGCCGCUCGAGGUCAUCGGCACGUACGACCCGAUCCCAAAGCCCGACCCGUAUGAUGACUCGGGAAAAUUGCACAAAGACAUCAAGCUAGACACACUAAGAGCUCAGUAUUGGAUCGGUGUUGGUGCGCAGCCCACAGAUACUGUUUGGAGACUAUUAUCAAUGGUCGGCAUCAUGGAACCAAAAUAUCGAAAUACCGAACCACGGACUCCGCCCCCCAUGCCGCGCGAGAUCCAAGGCGAUUCAAAACCCCAAGAUCCGACAAAUUAA